GACUACGCUCACGGCGUAAUCUCCAUCUCCAAUCAUCGCUGUCCCUUUAAUUGUCCCCGCCGCCGUGGGAGAGAGUUUGCGCGUGCUUGUGGCCCGACAGCAGGAGAGGUCGAGAGAAUGCUGGGACCGUGGAGCUCGCGCCAAUGGACUUGGACACGAGCUGGGCUUUCCGGUGAUGGAGAAGGGCCGGUCUGUUGACGGUAUCCAUGGUACCCUCCAGUGUGGCAGUGAGCUCCAGAAUAGUGACCAGCCUGUAUGAGAGAUCAGCAGCCUGCUGUGUUGGAACUGUGACUGUCUCCAACCACCAGUGACAGAGACGAAUGGCAGCGAGUAAAACAAAUCCUAGUCCAAAAACAUAAGGAUCCCGAGGACAAGAAAGACGGCACCUCGUUAGACACUUGUUUUUCUUUCUGAGCAUGUAGCUGCCAGGUUUCCACAUUAGAAUCCAGCCGUCAUCAGAGCAGGAUGCAUGACAGUGCCAGGAGCACUGGGCAUGGAGAGGGCAGCUCCGCACGAUCAACUAAGUUACAGAAGAACCCGAAGCAGGGGUACCGUAAACUUGGCGUGGCUAGUGGGUCCGGGUCAAAGUCGGCCGGGACAGGGUCAGGGGGUAAAACCUUGUCUAUGGAGAACAUCCAGUCCCUGAACGCAGCCUACGCCACCUCCGGCCCCAUGUACCUAAGUGACCGCGAUGCCUUGGCCUCCUCCGGUGGCUACCCUAAAGGAACCAUGACUCUGGGCCGAGCCACCAGCAGAACCUCCUACACGGGCCGGACCACAGCCUUGGGCAGCAGCCCCAACAUCACCACCACAUCAGACAGCCAGGGCUAUGGGGACCAGAGCCACACCCAGCACCUCCAGGCAGGGGGGCCCUCUGGGCUGCUGAGGCAGGCUGGACGGGGUGGAGAAGGAGGGGGAGAAGACAUCCAGGUUCAGCUCAGGGAGCUGCAGAGAGAGAAUGAACUGCUGAGAAGAGAGAUGGAUGGAGAGAGGGAUGGGAGAGAAGGGAGGAUGAGCUCUUCUGUCAACAGUAGAAAGAACUUCUGGAGCCCAGAGGUGAAAAGUCGAGACAGAGGGAUGAGGAAAGAGGAGGGAACCCUUACAUCCAUCCUGAAGGAACAGAAGUGGGCCUCUCCAGAGGAGGACCAGCAUCUCCAGUUGUCAGUGCAUGGGCUACGGGAAGAGCUGAGAAGUCAUAGAGAGGUGAACAGUCGUCUGCAGCAAGAGAACUCGGGAUCUCACACAAACAUCUCCACUCACACCGGCUCGAACCGAGAACUCCAUAUUGAGGACCACCGGGCUGGCAUCAGCCCUGGACACAGUCCUGGUCUGGGCCCCAGUCACCUCAACAGCCCUGGGCAAAGACAUAGCCCCGGCCCUGGUCUAGGAGUCAGCCCCAGACACAGCCCCAGUAGCACCUACAACCAUGGGCCCAGAAACAGCCCUGUCCAUCCCCAUAGCCCUGGGUACAGCUCCAACGUCAGACACCACCAAGCUGACAUCCACAGCCCUGGGCACAACUCUGGGCCUGGCCCCAGAUACAGCCCUGCUAACACUCUCAUCACCUUGUCUAGAAAGAGCCCCAGCCACCUCAUCCACAGCCCUGGCCGUUGCCUCAGCCCUCCCAGCAGCCCAUGCAUGGUCCCUGGGUGCGAUGGCUUCUCCUCUCCCCCUCCCCUGGAUCUGACGGAGGAGAACUUCAGCCGGCUGCAGUCAGAUCACGAACGGCAGGGCAAGGAGCUGUACCUGCUGAGGAAGACCCUGGAAGAGAUGGAGCUGAGGAUUGACUCCCAGAAACAGACCCUAGGGGCCAGGGACCAGUCCAUCCAGAGGUUGCUGGAGAUGAUCCAGGGAGGAGGGAGGGGUCAGCGAGGCGAGAGGUCAGAGAUAAUCACCAUGGCAACAGCACGCGAGGAGGCGGAGUACCAGGUGGGUCAUCUGGAGGAGCAGCUGGACCAGAGGGAGAAAGAGAACCUGCAUUUGAGAGAGGCUCACCUGAACCCAGCAGGCUCCCCUAGCCUGAACCCAGCAGACUCCCCUAGCCUGAACCCAGCAGGCUUCCCCAGCAGGAUCCCCCAGCCUGAACCCAGCAGGAUGCCCCAGCCUGAACCCAGCAGGCUCCCCCAGCCUGAACCCAGCAGGCUCCCCCAGCCUGAACCCAGCAGGCUCCCCCAGCAGGUUCCCCCAGCAGGCUCCCCCAGCCUGAACCCAGCAGACUCCCCCAGCCUGAACCCAGCAGGCUCCCCCAGCCUGAACCCAGCAGGCUCCCCCAGCCUGAACUCAGCAGGCUCCCCCAGCAGGCUCCCCCAGCCUGAACCCAGCAGGCUCCCCCAGCAGGCUCCCCCAGUAGGCUCCCCCAGCCUGAACCCAGCAGGCUCCCCCAGCCUGAACCCAGCAGGCUCCCCCAGCCUGAACCCAGCAGGCUCCCCCAGCCUGAACCCAGCAGGCACCCCCAGCCUGAACCUAGCAGGCUCCCCUAGCCUGAACCCAGCAGGCUCCCCUAGCCUGAACCCAGCAGGCUCCCCCAGCCUGAACCCAGCAGGCUCCCCCAGCCUGAACCCAGCAGGCUCCCCCAGCCUGAACCCAGCAGGCUCCCCCAGCAGGCUCCCCCAGCCUGAACCCAGCAGGCUCCCCCAGCCUGAACCCAGCAGGCUCCCCUAG